AUGGAUGCGUGGGCUGUAAAUACUUUGAAGCAGCCUUACGAUUACUCUUCGAUAAUGCAUUAUCUACCAUUCGCAUUAGCGAACAAACCAAAUACUGAUACCAUUAUACCAAAACAAAAAGUUGAUGGACGAAUACCGGAAAUUGGUCAGAGAAUAGGACUCAGUAAGGGCGAUAUUACUGCGACAAAUUUACUUUACAGUUGUCCAAUAUGUGGAGGUGCAUAUUUUGAAGCUAAGGGCAUUUUCAGUCCACCAUCAAAACUAAAUGGUUCCGAGGUAGAUUUUGACUAUUGUCAGUGGACAAUCAGGGCUGCUGAAGGCGAAAGAAUUAAACUCUUCAUCACACUAUUGGAUAUUCGCAAGGCCUCUAAUUGUUCAACUGAUUAUUUGGAAAUUCGGAAUGGCUACCAGACUGAUAGUACUGUCUUAGGUGCGUUUUUGACAGUAUUCAGUAGGAGUCGCUACUGUGGAGAUGUUGGAUUGGCCACUAUAAUUGCGGGUAAUUUUGUAACCGUUGAAUUCAUGAGAUCUCCAUUUGAAAACCAUCGUCCAGGCUUUAUUUUGGAAUACGAGGCUGUUUGCGGCGGUGAUAUUUAUUUAGAAAGUAAUGAUACUUAUUAUUUAGAAUCACCAAAUUAUCCAGAGUCAUACGAACCGAAUAAAUUGUGCCAUUGGAACAUCAAGGCUCCUUACAAGCAUUAUAUAGUAAUUAAAUUUAAUUACUUUGAACUUGAAGAAAGUACUGGUUGUAAAAAUGAUUUUUUGGAAGUACGAGAGGGUAGACGUGAGAAUGCACCAAUUGUCGGAAGUUACUGCGGUAAAAAAGACCGUUUAGAAAUAGCUGCUUCGGGGAGAAGAAUUGUUCUGAAGUUUGUUUCCAAUGAAUCGAAAGAAGCGGGAGGUUUUUCUGCCACUUUUUCUGCAAAACAAAUCAACAAUAAUGAUCAGCCGCUUCAAUAG